AUGUUCGCUGCAGCUUUCACGGUCCUGAUACUACCUCGUGAAACAUUGACCGCGGGAAAUCAACUGGAUAGUCUCAACUUCGUACUGGAGCAGUGGCAGGAGCCAGCCACGUCAUCUGACGAAUUGAUCCGGUUCUAUAACAUGCACCAGAUAUUACCUCUUGCUAUGGAUCUCACAACCAGUUUCAACUGCUUCCGCCGUUGCUACAAAUACCAACCAAUUGCACAUGCGGGCCAUGGCUGUUGUACGGUAUAUUUGCGUUAUGAAAUUGGCAGAGCUGUGGAACUGGGCGAUAUCGACACUUACGUCUACAUGAUGGCAUCGUACCGUCGCACCCCGAGGGGCUGA